AUGGCCACUACAUUAUCAGGACGUGGCCAACGCUCCUUUUCUGCCUACGACGUCAGCAUCCCGGAAAUCACCGACAAUGUCUAUGAUGGGAAGUCAAAUCCAUCAGGAGUGAUAUCUCUUGGUUUAUCUGAAAACCACUUAAUCCACGGAAACGUUGUUGACUUCAUCAAUAAGCAUUUCAAAAUCGAUGAAUUCACCGCUACAACAUAUACAGGAACCACUAUUGGAGGUGUUGAUCUGAGGAGAGCGGUAGCAAAGCAUAUCAACAAGUAUUUCAAUCCUACCGUACCUGUGGGUAUUAAGGAAGUUGGUAUUGCAAAUGGCGUUACGGCAAUCUGUUCAAUGCUGGCUUUCAUGUUGGGAGAUGUUGGAGAUGGCAUCCUACUUAUGCGGCCAAUUUAUGGAAAAUUUGAAAAUGACUUGACGAUCGUUGCUCAAUGCAAAACGCUAUAUGCCAACAUGGAUGAUACGGAUCCAUUUUCAGAGACUGUGGUAGAGAAAUACGCUCUCCGUCUUGCUCAAGCCAAAGCAGAUGGUACCAAUCCUCGGGCCAUCCUAAUCUGCAACCCACACAAUCCCUCUGGCCGGUGCUAUCCCAAGGUUACCCUUAUUGCGCUCAUGAAAUUCUGUGCCCAGCACAAUCUGCAUUUAAUCUCCGACGAAGUGUAUGCUCUGACCGCCUUUGAAACAGCUGAUCCUUCAAGCGCGCCGUUCACCUCUGUCAUCGAGAUCGAUACUAUUGGAAUCAUCGACCCGAGAUACCUGCACGUCGGGUAUGGUUUUAGCAAAGACUUUGGUGCCCCUGGCCUUCAUAUAGCGGCCCUAGUGACCAGGAAUGAUGAAGUCCAGCAGGCCUUUGAAGCGAUUGGUCUGCUCCAUGCACCUAGCGGGCCGAGCUGUGCAAUUGUGCUUGCGAUGUUAGAGGAUGAUAAUUUCGUAGAAGAUACUAUUAAAUUGUCCCACAUCAAACUGGCGGAAAACUACGAGCUGGUGACCCGCAUGCUGGAUAAAGUGGGGAUUACAUACUGGAAAGGGGGCAGGGCGGGGUUCUUCCUGUGGAUCGAUUUGUCCAGGUUUUUACCGCUGUCAGAGGGGACCCAAAAAGAUGCCGAGAGGGAAAAGAUGCUUGCUGGGAGGUUGUUGGAAGGUGGUAUUUUUCUAAACCCGGGGGCUGAAUGGGCAGAGAGGCCAGGUUGGUUCAGGUUGAUCUUCUCACAUGAGAAGGGCAAGGUAGAGGAAGGGGUGAAGCGGCUUAUUAAGACACUCUGUGGGGAGUAA